CAUAAACAGAGAGAAACUAGAAACAACAGAACACCAUUUUCCAUCUCGGAAAGCGACAGAGGGAGAGAGAGAGAGUAAAGAAAUCACUUGUGGAGCGUGAAGAGAAGGAAACCCGACCCGGAAACAAUGGGCAAGGAUCUGAGCGAUGACCAAGUGUCGUCCAUGAAGGAGGCCUUCACGCUCUUUGACACCGACGGUGACGGCCGGAUCGCCCCUUCCGAACUUGGGAUCCUAAUGCGGUCUCUUGGGGGAAACCCGACCCAGGCCCAACUCAAAGCCAUCGUCGCCGAGGAGAAACUCACCGCGCCUUUCGACUUUCCUCGCUUCCUCGACCUCAUGGCCAAGCACAUGAAGGCCGAGCCCUUCGAUCGCCAGCUCCGCGACGCUUUCAAGGUCCUCGACAAGGACUCCACCGGCUACGUUUCGGUCUCCGAGCUCCGACACAUCCUCACCAGCAUCGGCGAGAAGCUCGAGCCCUCCGAGUUCGACGAGUGGAUCCGGGAGGUGGAGGUCGGGUCCGACGGGAAGAUCCGGUACGAGGAUUUUAUAGCUCGAAUGGUCGCCAAGUGAUGUGGCUGUAGAAUCGGGUUUGGUGUUUUGUGAGAAGGAAACGUUUUCUGGAAUUAAUUUCUUUCGUGUUCGUUGUUCGUUUGGGUUUUGAUGUAUUGGAUUCUUUUUGUUAAUUUUUGGUAAUGCUACUAGUUUCGUUUCAAUAGAUCUUGGGUGCGUUGCUUGUUGUUCGUAAUGUGUAUGGGAACUAUUGUCUUCAGCGGAAUGUGAAAUUGACUAGUUUCUUGUUC